AUGCUCAAGGCGCAAACCUCGUUCGCAGUUCCGGCACAGCUCUCGAGACUGGGUCACCAUGACGGUGAAAGCAGGUUAUACGGUGAUUAUCGAUGUUUCGCCAACACGGCAAAAGACACAAUUCGACUUGGGAGCGAUGCGCUCCAUCCGCACAUGAAUCAGCACAUGAAUGUCAACUUGGAUUUGGGAGAACUUGGAUGGGUCGCUUCUAGACGAUUAGACAUACGGCAGACGGUGUCGGUGAGCGAUUCCAUGGAAUCACGCUGUUCUAGCUCCAUCAGCUGA